GGGUAGGCUUGCAUUAAGACCAAAAUUUCUGUAGGGCCCAGGCCCAUAAAAUUAGAUUCAACAGUUUUUUUUUCUUUUACUUUCAUUUAUUUAUUUCUUCAUUUGGCUUUAUAAAUAUUGGCAGGACACACUCCAUUAUAGAGCUACUAUGUCUGCAAAAAGAAGAAAAAGAAAAGCAUGCAUUGCUUCAGAUGCCUGAGGAAUACAAGAGUGAGUUGUUGCAAAAGGAAACAUGCAUUUUUACGAACUCUCAAAGAUUCGCCAUCUGUUACAAGGAUUUGGAAUGAGAUGCUUGGUAAGCCUGAUAUUGUUGCACAUGAUACUUAUGCUAGGAGGAGUAAGCAAAGGUCUGGUGCAAUUGAGUUGUUUAUGAUAAUGAAGGCCAAGGGCUCCUCACCUAGCUGGACAAUUUAACGCGGUAUUUAUGCAAGUAAUCAACGACGAAAGAGGCAGUAAAAUAUUUUGAGGAGAUGGUUGAUUCUGGGUGCAAGCCAGAUGCUGCAGUUGAUACGUGUUUGAUCCAGGGUGAGAUUCAUUUCCAUACAUCAUUGAUCAAUUAAAGGAAUCUUGAUUAGACUUUCCUAAAUAGAAAAUGGAAACAAGAAUACAAAUAAAGUUGCCUUCCUUAUAGCAACACAAAUAUAAUUUCUUCUUCUUGUUCUUCUUUUUUUUUUUUUUCAUUAAAUCGCUUUCGCUUCAGUUCUCUCAUAGACAACAGAGAGAAAUGUUUUCGUUUUUUCUUGACCUCUAUAAUUUUAUAUUCUUCUUUCACAGGUGAAGAAGAGUUUUUUAUGUGUUAGUCUCUUAUCAUCACAACUAGAAGAUCCAAUGAAGCUCAUCUCACUCGUAGUGUCACGGCCUCUUUUCAUAUUCUUCCUUUUGUCAAUUGGAGUGUUGCUACUUCCAAGUGUAGUGGUCCCAUGGUGGUACAAGAUCAUUCAACAAAUGAAAAAUGAGGUUGAUUUGAACGCUCGCAUGUUUGGCUCUGGAAUGCUCUCUGAAAUUGAAAACACUGCUAAAUUGUUGCAUCCAAUAAACUCUACUGCAACAAAUUUAGUAAGAAUUCUGAGUUCGUCUCUGAAUGGAAAUAAUCUCUCUCAAUUUGAAAUUGAGAGCAAGGUGGCUCCAAUGUUAUUUCAAACAUUCUCAGUAACUCCUCUCAUAUCACAGAUUUCAUAUUUUGGAUUGGAAGGUCCCUUUUUCGCCUACUAUCGUGAUGGCAACAAGACUUAUGCAUUAUACUCUAACUCAUCUGCAUAUUCUUCAAGUUCAAGUGCCUUAAAGCUGCCAAUAAAAUACACCUGGUAUAAGCAGGCUGUAGACCCUGACACAGGAAAAUUAUAUGGUAAUGCGAAUGAAUCCCAGGUUAGCUUUUUGGCUAAUGCAAGUUGGAUUCAAGAAGCCUUAGCUAGUGGUAAUGGGUAUGCCUCUAUAGGAAAUGGAUGGAAUAGUGCUCAAGAUCUCAUGUUUCUUAAUUCUGUUACUAUGCUUGGCCAAGGGGUUAUCUCCUUAUGGUUUCCAGUUAAUGCAUUGAUUAAUUUCUUCAAUGCAAUAGAUCUUUAUGGUGGAUGCUUGUACUUGGCUACUUUAAGUGGAAAUGUGCUUGCAAAUGGGCUGCCUAACACUCAAAUGGUGGUGACAGGAAAAUCAGUUUCCUUCAGCUUGAUGAAUUUGAAUGGUGAUCAAAUAGAGCAUUUAGGAAGUUUUUCAUGCAUGCCUGAUAAUGGCAUGCUAAGACCUUCAAUUCUGAAGAUUGGAGAUACAGAGUAUAUGGCUUACUGUUCUCAACUAGAAAUUGUGGGAGUGCAGUCGGUGUAUGCGUUGGCUUUCCCAUACCAUAAACUAGUGAGUUCUGUUGAUAGAAGUACCAAAGUGGCUCUCAUUUUAUUGAUGGUAAUGAUAGCUGCAGUCUUUUUCUCAAUUCUUAGUUUUGUAUUAUUAAUGGUUAGGGCUGCAACUAGAGAGAUACACCUAUGUUCGGCAUUAAUAAAACAAAUGGAAGCAACUCAACAAGCAGAAAGAAAGAGUAUGAAUAAGAGUCUUGCCUUUGCUAGUGCUACCCAUGAUAUUCGUGCUGCCCUAGCUGGCAUUACUGGGUUGAUAGAGAUAAGCUAUGGAGAAGUGUCUCCUUAUCAAUUACAGACAAAUUUACAACAAAUGGAUGAUUGUGUAAAAGACCUAGUAGGUUUGCUGAAUUCUGUUCUUGACACGAGCAAAAUUGAAGCUGGAAAGAUGCAGGUUGAAUUAGAGGAAUUUGAUUUAGCCAACCUGCUUGAAGAUGUUGUUGAUUUGUUUCAUGCUGUAGGUAUGAAGAAAGGAUUAGAUAUUAUAUUGGAUCCUUGUGAUGGAUCUAUUCUUAAAUUCUCCAAUGUAAAAGGCGACAGGGGAAAACUGAAACAAGUCCUCUGUAAUUUACUGGGCAAUGCUGUUAAAUUUACUUCUGAGGGGCAUGUAUCAGUUCGAGUAUGGGCACAAAAGGCCAGUAUGGAGAACAUGAUUAUUGCUUCCAAUCCAAAGGAAUUAUGGAAACUUUGCUCGUGCUGGUUUAUGAACCAUAAAGAGGAUCAUGAUGUAGAAAUAAUGAAUUCAAUGAAGCAAAAUCCCAACUGUAUAGAAUUUAUGUUUGAAGUGGAUGAUACAGGUAUAGGAAUUCCAAAAGAAAAGCAAAAAUCAGUAUUUGAAAAUUUUGUUCAAGUCAAGGAGACAGCUUUUGGGCAAGGAGGCACUGGCUUAGGACUUGGAAUUGUUCAAUCUUUGGUACGUUUAAUGGAUGGAGAAAUAGGUAUUGUUGAUAAAGAGCUUAGUGAGAAGGGAACAUGCUUCAGGUUUAAUAUUUUCCUCAUUACAUCUGAGAUUCCUUCAACUGGUACUAAGAGAGAUGACAUUGAAAUGGGAAGAGAUGCUGUAUCCAAUACACAUCAAUAUCCAAUGCUGACUGUUAGAGCUCCUACUCCUAGCCUUGGUAGCUGUACUGCCAGUCCCGGGUUGUCUAUACUAGGUUCUAGUCUCAAGGUUGAUGGAUCCCAUGUUGUUCUCUUGAUUCAGAAUAUACAGCGGCAAAAGAUUGUUCAGAAGUUUAUAGAGAGAUUGGGGAUAAAAAUAUCAGUUGUGAGCAAAUGGGAGCGCCUUUCUUCUACGCUAACAAAGAUUAUAUCUAAGCAGAAUGUUUCACCUUCCAGCUCUUCGGGAAAAUCAGGUUUCAGUUCAAGGAAUGAAAUGUCUAGCAGUAGAGCAAAUAAGGAUGUCCCUUUAAGUGCCUUGGAUGGUACAGAACGAAAAUCACCUUCUUACAGAAGUAGCAGCAUUCUUAAAGGUGCUCCAGGCUUUAUUUUGCUUGUGAUUGAUACUGGUACUGGACCGUUUGAAGAACUCUACGAAGCUGUAACUGAAAUUAGAAAAAGCCUUCACCGUGCUUGUUGCAAGGUUAUUUGGUUGGACAAACCAACAUCCCAUAGCAUCAUUCGUAGAGGCCUUGAAGAUGACACAAUUGGUUCAGAUGACGAGAUUUUGUUAAAACCAUUUCAUGGUUCUCGUUUGUAUCAUGUAAUGAGAUUUCUACCAGAACUUGGGGGUACCUUGCACCAUGGAGUUUCAUCAUCCGAACCCAAGAAAGAAAGUACAGUUCAAUCAAUAAAAACGAUUAAAGAUCCUGGAUCAUCAUCAUCUGCAAUUCAUUUGCAAAGGGACUUGGGACUAAAAGGCACCUCAAGCAGGGAGCAACACAAGACAACUAGAGAAUAUUCAGCUAGAAGAUACUCAGUUGGAUCUUCAGAAGUACAUGAUAGAGAAUGUAGUAAUAAAAGCAAUGAAAAACCCUUGAGCGGGAUGAGAUUCUUGGUUGCUGAUGAUAAUCAAGCCUUGCAAAUGGUAGCCAAAGCUAACCUUUCAAACCUCGGUGCAUCUUCUGUUAAACUUUGCCCAAGUGGAGCGGAAGCUCUACAAUUAGUUCGUUUUGGUCUACAAGAACAAAAGAAAAAUGGAGGGUAUAUUGUGGCUCCUUAUGAUUACAUUCUAAUGGACUGUGAGAUGCCAAUUAUGAAUGGAUAUGAAGCAACAAGACUGAUAAGAAUAGAGGAGAGAUCUUAUGGCAUUCACAUACCCAUUAUAGCAUUAACAGCAGAUGAUGAUAAAGGCGAGGAGACGAAGGAGGCAGGAAUGGAUGACCAUCUGUGCAAACCACUAAAUAGAGAUAAAUUGCUGAAAGCCAUCGGAAUUGAAUCCAUGUAGUGCAUCUUAGAUCUCAUUUGUCUUUUAUAGUUUAGUAGCCUCUUUUUAGAAGUUCUACCUUGUGCUUUUGUUGAGUUGGUAUGCUUAAGAGUUGUUUCUUUUGUUUGCUCAACAUCCAAACAUAUCAGUUUUCUUCUUAUUAUUAAGUUUCAAGGGUUUACAUAUGAUUUUAUUA